UGAAACUACAGUACUUAGUCUUAAACCUACAGCAAUGGGUAGAACUUACUUUGUUGAAGAAGCUAUUGGGCAGUAUCUUUCAGACCUCAGCACAAAAGUAAAGCCUUAUGUCACUGGCCUGUUAAUAGGGCAGUGUUCCCCGCAAAGAGACUACGUAAUUUGGGCUGUUCGAACACCUCCAAAGGAAGAGCAGAAGGAAGACAACAUCAGUCCUUCAAAACUAGCAUCCAUUGAUGAAGAAUGGAUAACUACACACGCCAGCCAGGUUUCUAGAAUGCUUCCUGGAGGCUUAUUAGUUCUUGGUGUAUUUAUUAUUGCAACUCCAGAACUGUCAAAAGAUAGUCAAAAUGCUUUGCGCAAGCUAAUCUUCUCAGUGGAAAAGUCCUUGACUAAAAGAAGGCUCUGGAAACCUGCUGAGGAGGAGAUCUCAGACAGAGCAGCUCUUCAAAUUUGUUCUGCUACAAAGAAAGUAGUUUGCCGAACCUAUGAUGUACAAGAUCCAAAGAGUUCAGCUAAACCAGCAGAUUGGAAAUAUCAGAGUGCUCUGUCUGCUUCCUGGUUAGCUUUGGACUGCACAGUAAAUGUUAAUAUUCACAUUCCUCUUCUUGCUACUUCACUGAACCAUGACUUGGAGAAGAAUACCAAGAAUGGAUUAAAUCGAUGGUCAAAACAGAUAGAAGACAGUGUUUUUCUGAUCAAUGGACAAGUUAAAGAUGAUGAUACAGAACUACUGGAAGGGCAGAAAAAGUUAAGAGGAAAUACUCAAUCCAGCACUCAGUUUUCUGAUGUCAAGGUUCUGACACAGCUGGUAAGUGGUUCAGGUCAUAGAUCAACAGCUACAGUCCAGGUCUGCAGUGCUUCCAUAAAUCUCAAAGGUGCUGUGAAAUGCAGAGCCUACAUACAUAACAACAAGCCGAAAGUUAAAGAAGCUGUUCAGGCUUUGAAAAGAGACAUAAUAAACACAUUGAGUGAUCGUUGUGAAAUACUAUUUGAAGAUCUCAUUAUAAAUGAAGGACCUCACAAAAAAAAUUUUGAGAGGGAAUAUCACGUCUUACCUCAAAGACUGUUUGUCCCUGUUGCUGGAUCCAGUGUCAUGCUCAGUGAUUAUAAGUUUGGUGAUGAGGCCGCUGGAGAAAUUCAAGAACGUUUUGUUGAGAUGUUGGAUCAAUGUGUGCAAGCUGAAGAUAUCUAUAUAGCAGAAGAAAUUAACACGAGUAAAUCCUGUGCAAGUUCAACUUAAGAUUUUGAAGACAUUACUGACAACAUGGAUGACACACAACGGAAACAAGUGACAAAAGCAACAUUGCUGUUGAAACUUCAACAAAAUAUGGGUGUGGUAAUAGCAGCUGCUGUUGCAGUCUUUGCAUCGAUCUUCUCUUUCAAUUACUUCAGUGAUUAA